AGGAAGUCUCAUGUUUGGGGAAGAAGUCUGAGCCCAGAAAUGCCCAGGAAAGAGCCCAAGAUGAUUGUGCUGCUCUACGUGACAAGUCUUGCCAUCUGUGUAAGUGGACAACCUCGGGGGAAUCAGGCCAAGGGAGAGAGCUACUCUCCCAGGUAUAUCUGCAGCAUCCCUGGCUUACCUGGUCCCCCAGGCCCUCCUGGAGCAAAUGGCUCUCCUGGACCCCAUGGUCGCAUCGGCCUUCCUGGAAGGGACGGUAGAGACGGCAGGAAAGGAGAGAAAGGAGAAAAGGGCACUUCAGGUAUAAAAGGUAAGACUGGACCCCUGGGCCUUGCUGGUGAGAAAGGAGACCAAGGUGAGACUGGGAAGAAAGGACCCAUAGGACCAGAGGGUGAGAAAGGAGAAGUCGGGCCUGCUGGACCUCCUGGGCCAAAGGGAGACCGAGGAGAUCAAGGGGACCCAGGGCUGCCUGGCGUGUGCAGGUGUGGAAGCAUUGUGCUGAAGUCUGCCUUUUCAGUUGGCAUCACAACCAGCUACCCAGAAGAAAGACUUCCCAUCCUAUUUAACAAGGUCCUCUUCAACGAGGGGGGGCACUACAACCCUGCCACAGGGAAGUUCAUCUGUGCUUUCCCAGGGAUCUAUUACUUUUCUUAUGAUAUCACAUUGGCCAAUAAGCACCUAGCAAUUGGGCUGGUGCACAACGGGCAGUACCGAAUAAGGACUUUUGAUGCCAACACAGGGAACCAUGAUGUGGCCUCAGGGUCCACAGUCAUCUACCUGCAGCCAGAAGAUGAAGUCUGGCUGGAGAUCUUCUUCAAUGACCAAAAUGGCCUCUUCUCAGACCCAGGCUGGGCAGACAGCUUAUUCUCUGGGUUUCUCCUCUAUGUUGACACAGAUUACCUAGAUUCUAUAUCAGAAGACGAUGAGUUGUAAUAUGGACUGCAAGCCUGAGUGUCCCAGCAGGAACAUCACAGUGGCUUACACACUCACUCAGUCUGGAGUACUAGAAGGUGA